AUGGACUACACACUGGCAGAGUACAAGUCUCCGCAGUACGAGCAGCUGGGCUUCAAUCUGGUCAAAGAGCGCCUCGUGUCGAUGGGGUAUCCCAAGGAGAUCCUGCAAUUUGAGUACGAUCCCACGUUCCCUGUGCGCGGUCUCUGGUUUGACACGCUCUAUGGCAAUCUGCUGAAGGUUGAUGCCUACGGCAAUAUCUUGGUCUGUGUGCAUGGCUUUGAAUUCAUUAAGCACCACCAGGUAUACGAGCUAUAUCCCAAUAAGUUUCUCAAACUGGACGAGUCGCGUGUCUAUGUCCUGAACACACUCUUCAAUCUGCCGGAGACCUAUCUGCUCGCCUGUCUCACUGACUUUUUUAACAACAGCAACGAAUUUGUGCGCGUGGAACGCGGCAUCAAAGCUGGCGAUUUCCUUUUCACGUACAAGUCCAUUUUCCAGGACGUACGUCGUGCCGUCGACUGGGUGCAUUCCGAUGGUGACCUCAAGCGUCGAACCACUCAGAACAUGGCUCACUAUGUGAAGAAAGACGAAAGGUUGCCAACGGUUCUUUCACGUAUUCGGGAGUCCGGAGCAAAGCUCUUUAUGCUCACGAACAGCGAUUACACUUACACCAACGAGAUCAUGUCGUACCUGUUCGACUUCCCCCACGGGGCCACUCCGGAGGAACCGCACAGGGAUUGGAAGAGCUACUUCGAUGUGAUCGUGGUAGAUGCACGGAAGCCGCUCUUCUUCGACGAGGGCACCGUGCUGCGUCAGGUGGACACGAAGACGGGAGGACUAAAGAUCGGCACACACAUUGGGCCUCUACAACCAGGGCAGGUGUACUCAGGCGGAUCAUGCGAGCUGUUUACCAAGUUCAUCAACGCCAAGGGCAAGGAUGUGCUCUACGUAGGCGACCACAUCUUCGGGGACAUCCUCAAGUCGAAGAAGAUCCGGGGCUGGCGCACCUUCCUCAUCGUGCCGGAGCUGGUGCGGGAGCUUCACGUGUGGACGGACGAGUGCCAGCUGUUCGCGGAACUACAGAACCUCGACAUCAAGCUUGGCGACCUCUACCGCGACCUCGACUCGAGUGCCAAGGAAAAGCCGGACAUCUCUCAGCUGCGGACGUGCAUACGGGACGUGACCCAUAAGAUGGACAUGUCUUACGGAAUGAUGGGUUCGCUCUUCCGCUCCGGCUCCCGCCAGACCUUCUUUUCCAGUCAGGUGGUGCGGUACGCCGACGUAUACGCCGCUACCCUGCUCAACCUCAUCUAUUACCCGUUCUCGUACAUGUUCCGCGCUCCCGCCAUGCUGCUGCCGCACGAGUCAACGGUUGCCCACGACCAGGCCCACCAGCCGCCUCCCUCGGCUCCAUCCAUCGAGGAGGCACCGCGCUGCACCUCCGGCAAUGACAUGAAGGACGCCAUCAAGGAUCAAGUCGUCAAGGAUGCCAAGGAUCUGCAUCGUGCUAGCUCCAUUGUCCACACACGCCCCUCGACGCCCACUGUGGUGACACACACCCACGACGAGGACUACUCCGAAGAAGAGGAGAUCCCCAGCGGCGGAGAAUCAUCGUCCACGGACCAGCAGCAGCAGCUACGCGCCGUCUCCGAUGAAUAGAAUGAGGUCUUUCCUUCCUCUAAACUCAACUGCAAUUUGUAGAUCAACGAAUUUUCUUCUCAAAAGUUCUCCAUUAAACACACAUAAUAUCCCCAAACCCAUCCCCUAAUCCAAAACUUAGGCAGAAGCAAUUUUUGAAAAACGUACGAUUUUCCCCGGCGAUUUUAACGCGAGCACAGUUAUGUGAAACUAUAUACCAUAUAGAUAUGAUAUAUAUACAUUAUAAAUUAGCUGGUUCCAUGAAUACAUAAAA